AGUCCUCUUUCCUUUGCUUUAUACUUUUUGCAUAUUCUAUCCACACUGUUUCAAUAAAGUUUCGGUGUGAAUCAGACGAAUGUCCUGAAGGCAGGCAAUUGAUGACCCAGACAAGGACUAAUCAAGAUUGUCGAUCUAGUCCCUGCCUGGGUCACCAAUUGUCGGCCCCCGCGGGCAAAGAAUAUAUACUUUCUAGUACCCUUUUAACAAUAUUCAGAUUUUUUUCAGUCAAAAAUUCAUGCAAUCCCCAUGACUGUGAAUGAAUAUAUCGCAGUAUCCGAAAACGUCCUUCAAAGGAGCCAGAUUCUUAUUCGUUCAGCAUAAUUAAUAAAAAACGAAUAUUUUUGAAAUAUUAAAUUCUGGUUAUGAAACUAUGAUAGAAACUGGCUUAGGGUUUACAUGCGAUGUCAACAAAUAAAACCUACCAAAGUUGUCAUUUAACUGAGGUCUCGAUAUAUAAAAAAUGCACAAACAUAUUACUGUGCUUCCAAAAAAUAGUAGCAGAUACUUUGGAAGCUUUGUUACUGUUGGAAACUGAAAACAGAGGAAGAUUUGAAUAAAUAAAUUUUGAACACACAAACCGUUCGUUUUCUUUUUGGAUAUUUGAAGGUUGGUACAAUUUCAACAUCGUUACAAUUUUCAUCGAUCAAAGCUUCUUUUUCGUCAAAGGGUUCAUGGAAGUGUUUCAUUCGUGGCAUUUUGGAUAUUUUCUGAAAUUUUCAAGGAGUACGAUGAAUACUGUAAUAUUGGAGAAAAGCAUUCAACAUUUUUAUUUGCUUACGCUGCUGAUUUUGACAUCUCAACAUAUAAUCAAAUGAAAGAUGUCGUUAUACAAACUGUGUCUGCUAAUAGGCAUAACUAUACGAAACUGGCAAUGGUUCAAUUUGAUACGGCUGCUGGUUUAGAGAAUAUCACUUAUUUUGAUGAUGUUCUAUCCUUCUCUUCUGCUCUAAAUAGCAACCCACCAAACUCAAAAAAUGCAGCAAGUAGCACACAGACUUCUGAUGUUUUGUCAGUAGUGUCGGGUUUCCUUGCUGCAUCUGGACGUCCUUUGGAAAGUUCAAUGGUAGUGCUUCUUGUCAAUAGAUGGCCAGCUGCUAACGCAGAUCUAACAUCAAGUGAAUAUGACACUAUUACUAAUAACAAUGUGAAGAUCUUCCCAAUCAGUUCUGCCAACAGCUACGUGCAACAGAUCCCAAUUGUAACAGCAAGUGCCAAAAUUUUCACUACGCUAGCCGCAAACAGUAAUGCUCAUUUUGUCUUAGGAGAUUACGGAAAACCUCUGGCUCAGGUAUUUCAAUAUUUGAUGGGUACUGCAUAUUUGGAUAGUUUGACAAUCACACGAAGUUUUGCUGACAGAACAAAUGCUGCUCAAAAACAAAUAGGAAAACUUAGAGUUCCUCAUUCAGAAACUCAGAGUUAUGUCAAUUUUACUAUUACUAUAAGCGUAGGGCUAAAUGGAUGGGGAAACUUCAACUACCCUAACACCAAUGGAAUUGAAGUUACCUUCUACCAAUCUCAAGCCAAUCAGAAAACCGUACAGUUUGAGCCGGGAAGCUUGCAAGGCACCAACUUCUACUAUGCAACUGUACAACUGAAAGAAAGUUCAACAUAUCAAGUUAUCUAUCAAUCAAGUCUUAUUGAUGGAUCGGUUGCAAUGGUAAGAGUAUGGACGACAAGUGCCUUGUACCACUAUGGAUCUUAUGCUACUUUGGAAGAUCCAAUGGGCGGAAAUACACUUGAUAAAGUUGAUGAGUAUCAGGGAGCAGCGUUGAGAAUGAAAUUGAUGAAUGAUUGCUAUACUAGUCACGCGGGCUACGCCGUCUUCACCGAUUGCACCGGUGCUGUCAGUUCCAAAUAUGACGCUUCCCAAACAAUUCCAAUCGACUACAUUUUUGCCGACGAGGGAAGCUUCCCACACUACCCAAUCGUCCCAUUCUUCUGUGAUUCUAAACCAAAGAGCACGGUGGACUGUGUUCCUGGAACUGAAAGCAAAUACGAUAUUCAGUUUGUGGCCGGCGAGUUUAUUGUGAAUCGAUCAUUCCAGUGCAGACCAGGAGUAGGACAAAUUAAUCCAAAUUGUACAAAUGUGGAUUCGAAUGGAAAUUAUUACUGUAACAGAGAUCAGCUACCAUACAUGAGAGGUCCAACUGGUCAAAUUCCCGACUGUCUUGGGCAUGGCCACGUGGAGUACGAUUUUGCGUUUGCUGAAGCAUACAUUUGUGUUUGUGACAAUAGUUAUUCCGGAGAUUCUUGCCAAAUUAAGAACUGAAGUUGUAAUUCGAUUUUUUCUGUUUUAUAUUUAAUUAUAAAUCUUUGAUUUUC